AACGGCGAGCGGGGAUGGACGCUGGCGGCGUGGUACCGCCCGGCGGGGCGGGUGCUGGAAGGGGCGGUGGCGGCCACCGCCCCUUGGCGGGACCUGGUGGGGAGCGGUGCGGGCGGACAGCGCGGAGCCAGCUCUUGCCCUGCUUUGCCGGAGGCUGUUGCCAUGACACUGACUAAAGGCUCCUUCACCUACUCCAGCGGGGAGGAGUACCGCGGCGAGUGGAAGGAAGGUCGCAGGCACGGCAUUGGGCAGCUGACGUUUUCCGACGGCACCGCCUACGUGGGGCACUUUGAGAACGGGCUGUUCCACGGCUGUGGAGUGCUCACCUUCUCUGACGGCUCCAGAUAUGAGGGGGAGUUUGUGCAGGGCAAGUUCAAUGGCGUUGGAGUCUUUACACGCUGCGACAACAUGACCUUUGAGGGCGAGUUCAAAGGCGGGCGUGUGUACGGCUUCGGUCUCCUGACUUUCCCUGACGGCUCUCACGGGGUGCCCCGCAAUGAGGGCUUCUUUGAGAACAACAAGCUGCUGCGGCGGGAGAAAUGCACAGCCAUCAUCCAGAGAGCCCAGGGUGCCUCCAAGUCUGCCCACAACCUGACAGCAUGACGGUGCCCCAAAUCCCCUUCCACCAGAGCAGGGACCCCUCUACUUGGGCACUGGCUGGCCCUGCUGGCCCUGGAGCAGGGAUGUGGCACUGCUGGGUGCCUCCUUGCCCUUUGUCCCCACCAAGCAUCCUGCUGCCAAACCCCUGCUGCUGGAGGGGAUGGGACCCUCCACUCUCCACCCAAGUGCCCCGGGGCAGCCAUGGUGCCUUCUCUUUCUGGCUGUAGCCCUGGCACCUGCUGGAGCAGCAGGAGGGCAGGGUGGUUGGAGCUUGGCCUCUCUGUCUCCCAGAAAGACUGUGGGCCACUAGGGCUGCAAACCUGCUGCAGAGGAUGGAGCAGUGGGACAGGGGCUGGUCCCUGACCCCACUGCCAGGGUGCCUUGGCUGGGAGCUGCUGGCUGGACAAUGUGCCCCCAGAGGGGCAGCUCCUGGCUCGCUUUGCUGCCCUGGUCUGGAGGCAGGAUAGGUACCCUGGGCACGCUGUGGUCUGUACCCUCAGUUCUGGGUGACUGGCCAUCCCCCUGCAUGCCCUGGGUAGGGUGGCAUGACGUCCCGGAAGAACCCAGCCUGCUCUUGAGGCCAGCCGAUGGGCUGUAUUCCCCUCAUCCCUGUGCUAAUCCGCCUCACCUACUGCCUUGGCAACACCAGCAGCAGCAUCCCCACCAAGGGGGAUGGGGAGAUGCCCAGUCUGGCUCAUAUCUGCUGCAUGCUGGUGGAGGGUGGGAGCAAGGAACAGGGUCAGCAGGAGCCUGGUAUGAGGGUCACAAGCAGGGCUGAGUGGGGUGGCAGGACUGGAGUGGGGGGCCUGGGCAGGGUGGAAGGGUAUAGAGGCAUGGCGAAGGGGCAGGCAGGGGGAACGCAGCUCCCCAUUUUGCCCUCCACAUGCAUCCUUCAUCUCUCUGCUGCAUGCUCACCUUCACCCCUGGUGUGGUCCGGCUGGCUGUGGUGCAGGGUCCUGGAAGCCCUCACUGCCUGGUGCGGGGCCGCAGGGGCAAUACCCUCCCUGCCGGUCUCUGCCCACACCGGUCCCGUGCCUUGCCGUGACCCUGCCUUGUGCUGCUGCCUGCACGGGCCUCAGCUGAGUAAACCAUGUUGCCAAA